AUGGUUGCUUUUGCGGACCGCGUGCACGCGCUGCAUGGCCCAGUGCCGCUCCACACGCACGUGAUCUGCGACCACUACACGGUGCCCAAGACGGCAAGCAGCGAGGUGAUGGAGUACAGCCGCUUCCUGGACGACGUGGACGUGGUGUUCACCAAAAAGCACCUGGAGAAGACUCCGCUGGAGGACGUGCCAGCAGAGCCCAGCGAGCUGCUGGACAGGAACCGCUACCAGCGCAGCAGCAGGCGCGCACUCGCCGCUUGCUUAGUGGACAUCGGCGAGGCCAAGGAGGCGCGGCUGGGGGAGGUGAUGGCGCGCAUCAGCAACACCUGCGACAAGAGGGGCAUCCUGCUGAAGCCCUUCUUCGACGACGCCGCGGCGGACGACCACAGCGCCAAGCUGUACGGCCACGUGACGGCCCCCCAGUUCAAGCAGGUCCUCAACGUCAAGGUGGGGAUCCGCGUUAGCGACAGCGAGGCGCAGCUGCUCGCGGAGAAGUUCCAUCACGAGGAUCUCACAGAGCUGGUCAACUACAUUGCCUUUUCGGCCAUGGUUGACCCGCACUUGGGUGCAUUUGAGGAGAUGGUGCAGUGA